AUGAAAUUAACAUUGAUUAUAGUCUGGUUUGUGGUUGCAUCAUUUGCACAGAAUCUCUAUUUUGUGAGUGAUCCUGAAGCAUUGUGUUUGGAUGGUUCGCUAGGAGUACUACGAUUCAAUAUUUAAGUCUUAUUAUUUUGCUGAAGGGUACGGAUCAGGAUCAGACAAUUACAUAUUUCAUUUUAGUGGAGGAGCGUAUGACUCUGUAUAUAUCAAAUUAGUUGGAUUCAAGGAUUGAACGAAUAGUAGUUGUUGAACUCAGCCUAUAAAAGGUAUGAUCUAUAUAGAUUAUGAUCUGAGACAUAAUUGGGAAGUUCAAAAUACAAUGACCCAAAAACCACUUAUGAUGGGUUCUUCUCGAGAUCACAAUCUUCCAACCCAGAUUUCUACAAUUGGAACAUCAUCAACAUCAAUUACUGUGAUGGCACAGGUAAAUGUUUGAGAACUAAGUGUUAGGACAUUAAGGAUAUAGGAAGGAUGCUGCAGUUUACAAUGGCAAGAAAUUGUAUUUCAGAGGAGAGAGAAUUGUGAAAUCAAUUAUUAAUGAAUUCUAUGAAAGAUUGAGUAGAGGUGCCACAGUCAUUGUCUCAGGGUGUUCAGCAGGAGGAUUGGCAGCAUAUUAUUGGGUAGACUACUUUAGAGGUGUGUUGCCUUUGAAUGUGUAAGUAUUGGGAGUUCCUGAUUCUGGAAUCUUUAUUGAUAUGAAAUCUAUUGAUGGAUCUGAAUUGCCCAAAUUGUCAUUGAUUGAAAUGCAGAAAUUAGUUAACCAAGAAGCUAGCAAUCCAAAUACUGAAUGUGUUUAGAGUAAUCCAAAUGAACUUUGGAGAUGUUUCUAUGCUCAAUAUUUACUCAGGUAUGAUCAUUGUCAAUUCAAAUUUCAAGAUAUGUAAAUGUGCCCAUUUUCAUUGUCAAUUCUUUAUAUGAUUCUGCCAGUAUCCAAGACCUUUUACAAAUAUCCUGUGUAACUAGGAAUUCUUUGUCAGGUUGUUCUUAGAAAGAAAGAAAAUAUAUUGAAGAAUUGCAUACUAGCAUUCAGACUGUAGUUUCAGGAAGGAAAUCGAUCUUCAGAGAUUCAGGUUCUUUUGCACCAGCUUGUGUAGAACAUUGGUAUAUUAUUAGAAUUUAUAUUAGCUUCUUAUAAACUACGUAUUAUCAAUCAAGUUCAUGGUAAGUCCCAGGAAAAUCUGGAUUUACCAUCCAAAAAAGUUUGAGAUAGUGGUUAGUACAAUUCAAUGUGGGAAAUUUAGAUAAUCAUAUAGAUUCAGUAGAUUGGCCUAGCAAUUAAGCUUGUUCGAAUGCCUGAUUAAGAAAUUAUUUAUAUUU